CGGGCUUUUAUUUUGAAGGUUUAUUCAAUGCCGUACAGACGUGACGUCAUCAUUUGUGGAGCGAUCCCCUCACAUGACCAGAAGACGGAAGUGGCAUUUGAAGCCUCGUAAACAAUCGCUCUUUGACUGUCUCUUUCAAACAAACCGUGAUACAAACGAAAAGAAACAACAAAUUAAUCGUGUUUUAUCCAGAUCUAAGUUGGGAUAGUCACCGGGAUCUCUGCUCGUCGAACUGUGAGACGGUAGGAGAGAGCGAGAGAGAGACAGAGAGAGAUGGGUCUGUCAGAGAAAGAAGAGUGUGUCUUGUUGGAUCAAAAGCUGCUUGUCUUUAUGGACCAACUGGAGCUGCUGGAGGAGAAACGAGAGAGACUCAACUCUCUAAUAGAACAGGGAUGGUUCUCCAUGUCCAAAGCGAGGUAUUCGAUGGGCAACAAGCAGGUGUCUGCUCUGCAGUAUGGGAGUGAGAUGGAACCUCUGGUCCGAGUGCACACCAGGACUCUGGAGAGUGGUGAGGCCGAGUUCCAGACAAAGAGAAGGACGCUGAAGUCUCCUGAAGAGAGACAGGUGGAGGACAUUGGACCUAAAGACAAGGAGGGUGUGAGGAGAAGAGUGAAGACGCAGGAGGUUCCAGAGAUCGACCAGAGUGACAACAAGCAUCCGUGGACAGAGACUGAGCCGGCUCCCUCCUCCAAACCUGAACCCAACCCCCAGCAGGACCCACUGAAGUGGUUUGGAAUCCUGGUGCCUCAGACCCUGAAACAGGCCCAGGCCUCAUUCAAACAGGUGGUAGAGUUGUCAGCAGAGGUGGCUACUCUUCAGUCUGCAGUCCUGACCACCAGACAACAGUUGCAGAUGAAACAGAAGAGCAGCAGCCAGACCCCGGACCUGACUGACUGACUGACCUGACUGACAGACCUGACUGACUGACCUGACUGACAGACUGACCUGACUGACAGACCUGACAGACUGACCUGACUGACAGACCUGACAGACUGACCUGACUGACAGACU